AUGGAAGAGGCAACGGCUUCGUCGCCCGCGUCCGUGGUGGUGCAGCAUGAACAGAAGAAGAAGAAGUCGGCGACAUCGGCCAGCAAGCGCGACUACAAGGGCUUUGUCGCGGGCGUCUUCAGCGGCAUCGCGAAGCUGACUGUCGGCCACCCCUUUGACACGGUCAAGGUCCGCCUGCAAACCACCCAAGCCAGCCGCUUCGCAGGGCCCCUCCAGUGCGUCCUGCAGACGGUCCGCCAUGAGGGCGUCACGGGCCUGUACAAGGGCGCGACGCCGCCGCUGGUCGGGUGGAUGUUCAUGGACUCGGUGAUGCUGGGCUCGCUCAACGUCUACAGGAGGGUGCUGGCAGAGCACGUCUUUGGCGCGGACUCGUGGGCGCCGGGGCUUGGGCCCGGGGGAAGCUUCUUCUUCUCGCCUUCUUCUUCUCCUUCUCCUUCAUCAUCAUCAUCAUCUUCGUCACAAUCUUCAGCAGAAGCAGCAGCAGUAACGUACCUGCCCCCCCUGGGCCACGGCCUCGCGGGCAUCAUGGCCGGCGCAACAGUCAGCUUCAUCGCCGCCCCCGUCGAGCACGUCAAGGCCCGCCUCCAGAUCCAGUACGCGGCCCGCAAGGCCGACCGCCUGUACUCGGGCCCGCUGGACUGCGCGCGCAAGAUCUACGCGCACCACGGCCUGCGCGGCGUCUACCACGGCCUGUCCGCGACGCUGCUCUUCCGCGGCUUCUUCUUCUUCUGGUGGGCCAGCUACGACGUGCUGUCGCGCGCCCUGCGCCGCCACACGAGCCUGGGCGCGCCCGCCGUCAACUUCUGGGCCGGCGGGCUCAGCGCCCAGGUCUUCUGGCUGGCGAGCUACCCGAGCGACCUGGUCAAGCAGCGCAUCAUGACGGACCCGCUGGGCGGCGGGCUGGGCGACGGCGAGAGGCGGUUCGCGCGCUGGAGGGACGCCGCGGGCGCCGUGUACAGGGAGGGCGGGUGGAGGGGGUUCUGGAGGGGCUUCUUGCCGUGCUUCUUGAGGGCUUUUCCGGCGAAUGCGAUGGCGUUGGUUGCGUUUGAGGGGGUCAUGAGGACGUUGCCUUGA